AUGAAGCUGAGGGAGACAUUCCCCGCUGGCUACCAUGACAUGAGAGACGUGGCCAAGUCUUUGGAGAGGCGAGAUCACCAGGUGGAAGUGAAAUCAGUCAACAUACCCGGCACAGACUGGCGCGCGCUGGUUACUGAGGACGACUUGGUCACCCCCAAGUAUGAUGCCAUUCUGGCGAGCGGGAUCUCAGCCCACACUGUGGCGGACUGGGCGGCCCGAGUGGAUACACCCGUCGUGCGCUUCUUCCCUGACAGCCAAAAUGCAACAGACAGCACCUUUGAGGUGCACAGGGAGCGGCCCAGCAUCCUCGUCUUUGCCAACGCCACCGACGCAGAGAGAUUCCCCUACUUGGAAGAUGUGGAGCGGCUGGUGCUGCCCCUUGCGCGGGUGAAGACCAAAUUGGCGCCUGCCUAUGCCGCUCUGGAGACGGCCCUAGAGAAAGCGUUGACCAAUUCAGAGCGAACAACCCCACGCAAUACCCUGCAGGUGAGCGAGGAGGCGUGCGGCAGCAAGGGCGGCGAAGAUGGCGGCGAGGAGAGGGAGGAAGGGGGAAGCUGCCCGGCAGCUGCCCCGGCAUGGGCGUGGCCAACGGCGGCUUCCGGGGAGCCGCCGCUGCUGGGCUUAGUCAUGAUCCUGAAGAAUGAAAACGCGACGAUCGCGGCAACGCUGGAGAGUGUGAAGCACGACAUCGACUACUGGACAAUUGUUGACACAGGCUCCACGGAUGGCACACAGGACACCAUUAGCAAGAUCAUGGCCGACGUGCCGGGACAGCUGCUCUCGGAGCCCUUCGUAGAUUUCUCCACCACCAGAAACUACGCCCUCAAGGCGCAUGGCCAGAAGACGGCGUACGCGUUCAUGCUGGACGCUGACUUUGCGGUGGUGGACGCGUGGCGGCUGCGGAACAUGGCGCACCGAAUGGUCACCGAGUGCCGCGAGCGCAGCAUCCCGGAAUGCAUGAAGGGCGUCAAGGUGUGGUUCAAGAUGGGAGAUAUGGGAUUUUUCUCAAACCGUGUGUUCCCUACGCCUGGACUGGGAUUGCCCGGCGGCUGGCUUUACAAGUACCCUGUGCACGAGGUGCCGGGGCACAGUGGGCUGGAGUAUCUGAACGUGGGCAGGAUCGAUGAUGUAAUCCAGAUAAGGGAUGUCAUUAUUGAAGCGCUGCCCAUCACCCACAGCAAGUCUUCCGAGCGCUGGAAGAACCUGGACCUGCCGCUGCUGACAAAGGAGCAUGAGAAGCACCCGGAGGACACGCGCAUUGUAUUCUACCUGGGCCAGACGUACCAGCUUAUCGGUGAGACCGAGCAGGCGCUGGCGACCUACCAGAAACGCAUCGACAUGCGCGGCUGGCUCCAGGAAGUCUUCGAGUCCCACCUGCGCCGGGCCAAGAUGAUGAUGCGGCUUCUGGCGGCCGACCCGGGGAUGGACCCGGCUAACGACACUUCAGUGGACCCUGUCCCUGACUUGCUGGCUGCGCUUGCGCUGUACCCAAAGCGCGCAGAGCCACUGAUGCAGCUGUCUCGCCAUAGCGAGUGGAUGCGUGACAAGUGGUGCCAUCGGGAUGUCGACCCCGUGGUGUGCCGUAUGCAGCAACAGGUCUCCGCCUUCGACUACGCGCACCAGGCGGCCGAGAUGCCCUUCCCUGGCGGGGACACGCUGUUUGCAGACAUCUCGGUGUACGAGUACGAGGCGAAGGAACAGCUGGCAAUCACUGCCUGGUAUGUGGCGAAGGACUUCUCGGAUGCAUAUGAUGUGGGCUUGGAUGCAGCCCACAAGCUGCUCAAGAAAUUCCCAGACGACGAGCAGAAAAAGGCGAACGUGGAGUGGUAUGAGAAACUCAAGGACAGCCUUGUGUGA